AUCGAAUGGACUUGCAAUCCCAUUUUCUCCUCCAGUGAACUCGCUUAUCUAUACAUAAUCCACAAUGAACACCCUCAGAGCGACACUCUCUCGCCCUUCCACCUCUUUCCGUACUGCGGUACUCCCCAGAUUCUCGGCUCUUCCUCCAGCCCCUCGCCUUGCAGCUCAAGCCGUGUUUGCCAGACGCUUCGCCUCUGAGACACCUCCAUCCCAAUCCGGCCUAGAUCAACAGCAGCAAAAGGCUCGUGACCAAAGUACCGUUGGACCUUUUACAUGGAAAGCUGCCUCCCUCUUCCUCCUCACUGGUGUCGGACUCUACAUGUACUUUGAAUCUGAAAAAGCCAAGGUGCAAGAUCGCCGACGUCAAGAAAACGCAUCCAAGUCUGUUGGUAGACCUUCAAUCGGCGGUCCCUUCACCUUGACUACCCACAAAGGCGAGACAUUUACUGAACAAGAUUUGAGAGGGAAAUGGAGUUUAAUCUACUUUGGAUUCACACACUGUCCCGAUAUCUGUCCCGAAGAAUUAGACAAAAUGGGUGAAGCGGUGGAGAUGGUUGACAAGGCUACUGGGAAGGCCGACGUAACCCCAAUAUUCAUUACUGUUGACCCUGCGAGGGAUACUUUACCACAGGUAAACAAGUACAUUCAAGAAUUCCACCCGAGGAUGAUCGGUUUAUUAGGAGACUAUGAAGCGGUAAAAAAGACCUGUAAAAUGUACAGGGUUUACUUCUCCACACCUCCUAAUGCUACUGCCGCCGAUGACUAUCUCGUCGACCACAGUAUCUUCUUCUACCUUAUGGACCCCCUCGGUCAAUUUGUAGACGCGUUCGGGAAAGCUACCUCUGCUGAGCAAGUAGCCGAAAAGGUCCUCGACUCCAUGCGUAAAUGGGAGGCCGCUGGCGGCAACGCUGCCGCUGGAUUGUAAAUAAGCUCACAACUUCAUAACCGUUCUUUCUACCCCUGGCGUAAGCCUCAUCUCCAAUGCAUGCAUUCACUUCUCUACUUUACUUUACUUUAGUAUCUGAGCUAGCGAUUGGCGCUUUCCUUGCAUUGCAACUAACCAUUGUCUCACUCGAUGACUUUUGGUCGCUUAUUUGCGCUUCCAGUCCCAGACCCCGUCCCUCGAGAAAACUCGGGUCCUGAAAGCGGGAACGACUGUCGCGGACGUUUCUUCUUCGCUAACGUCGUUUUUGCCUGAGGAGAAGCGGGUGUCGCUGGCUUCUGGGUCGGGAUCGCUGGAGUAACAUCAAUCCCCAUUCCCUCUCCAUUUCCAUCUCCCAAUUUGGCUCCACCUAAAGACCGCCGCAGACGAGCUUCUUCUACUCUCCUCUCUUUUGCCGCCCACUCACUUUCCGUCUCCUUAUUAAGUUUUACAGGUUCCUUUGCUUUCGUACGGGGAGAUGAAGGGGAUAAAGGCGCCGAAGCAGGUAAUGUAACGCGCUUGUCGGUCACUUCUGGAUGGCAUGGUUGACGUCUGGACGACUCUGACGACUUCUCGGGAUAAGUCGUUCUUGAUGGGGGAGGCGAAGUCGCACCCGUCUUCCCAAUCAAGGAGACUGCCUUUUGCGCAUUAGUAUGUACCGGCGCUCUCGAUGGUGUCCUCUCCGCAUCCGCCUGAUGACCAUCUCGUAAUUGUGCACUACUUGUCUUGCGAAUAGAGCUGGAGGAGAAAGAUAAACGGGGUAAUGUCCGGGCACGCACACUUUCAGAAUCACUUGGUGGCGAUAUUGUACGUUUAUCGUUAUCGGUAGAAGGCGGUGAAUUGAGAUUGACAUCGAGGUUGGCAGGUAGAGAGAU